AUAAAUUCCUCUUAGUUACAGUUGGCAACGAUGGUCAGCUUAGACGACAAGCAGAAACCUUCCCUACUCUCUCAGAUCUUCCAUGCUCUCACAUUCAGACGAGACUUCCUCAGAAAACGAUUCAUCGUUCGCUGUAGUCUUUUGUUACUUGGUUUAUUUAUAUUUAUUCGACUGUUUGGUAAAAGUGGUAUAAAUGUUGAUGUUCAUUUUGGAGAGCCAGAUCAUACGCACGAAAGUUUCUUAGAGUACAAACGUGAUGACAAUCGUCAAGAGAACAUAAAUAAUGAAGCCUAUCAAAAAAAGAUUGAAAGACGAGCUCAGGAUGAAAUGCUGCAAAACCUAGGUGGUUUACAACCCCCUAAAAAAGACAAUGCUAUAGUAAAAGCUAUCGAACCAGUAAUACCGAAGGAGCCUGAAAAAGUUGCACCGAUAGAGCCGGAGUUCGUCCACGCUUUUGUAGGUAAGACAAAGCUACCGCCUGUUUAUUUGGACUUUGUGGAUCUAAAUCAGCCUUGGGACAAAGCGCAAGAGGAAUCUCUAAAGAAAGAUUGGAAACUGAACAAGUACCUAAGUGACCGGACGCCUUUAAACAGGGACACAGCGGACGGUAGACAUCCCACCUGCAGUGAGAGAUUGUUCCAGAAAAACCUUCCCACAGCAAGUGUCGUGCUAGUAUUCUACAAUGAGGCAUUAAGUGUCGUCUUACGGACAGCACUGACUGUUCUUAAAGAAUCUGACCCUCGGUUGAUUCACGAGAUACUACUGUACGACGACUGCAGCACAAUUGAAGAACUAAAGGCACCUCUGGAAAGAAUGAUUGCAUCUUAUCCUAAAAUACGUCUUGUUCGAGCGGCAGAACGGGGCGGUCUAGUAAGAGCACGACUCUAUUCUUCAAGGGCUGCCCGAGGUGAGGUACUUCUCUUCCUGGAUGCUCACUGUGAACCUACUCCGGGAUGGCUGGAACCACUGCUGGAGCCCAUAUCUAAAGACAGGACUGCAGUGACGAUGCCCUCUUUGGAUGUGAUAGACUGGCAAACUUUACAGUACUCUGGAGCUGAUACUAUAUAUGUGAUAGGUGGGGUGAAUUGGCUGAUAAACAUGUUGUGGGCUCCUAUUCCUAAAAGGGAGAGAGAAAGAAGACAAAAGGAGGAUCCAUAUCCCAUCACUGCAAACCUAAAAACAGCUAGCAUGGCUGGAGGACUUUUUGCAAUGGAUAGGUUGUAUUUCAAGGAACUAGGUGAAUACGACGAGGGUAUGGGAGUGUGGGGCGGUGAGAACAUGGAGCUAUCAUUCAGAGUUUGGAUGUGUGGAGGUUCCAUGCAUUUCAUUCCCUGCUCCAAAGUUGGGCACAUCUUCCGACCAUCACAUCCGUACGACUUCAUGGGGAAUAACGGGGAUGUUGUCCGAAAGAACUAUAUCAGAACAGCCAGAGUAUGGUUUGACGAAGAGCUCGACUUCUUCUUCAAGAUUAGACCUCAAUUUGCUGAGGUGGAUGUUGGUGAUUUGAGUGAUAGGUUAGCCCUCAGAGAAAGGUUAAAUUGUAAAAGUUUUGCCUGGUUUAUCAGAAACGUUUAUCCUGAGCUGCCCUUGCAGCGAGAUAUGGUCGGAGCUGGUGAGUUUAAAUCUGGGGAGGGUCGCUGUAUGGACACUCGUGGAGGUGACCUAAGGCAAGGAGGAGUCCUUUAUCUCGGAACCUGUAACGAUGGAGGUGGAAGGAAUCAAAACUCAAACAAGUUUAUGAUGCUCACAAAAGACAACAAGUUGAUGGGAUUAAACUUUUGCGCUGACAGCGGAUUUUCUGAGGAGUUGCAGUUUCACAUUUGUCAUGAUCAGGGAGGCGCCCAGGCGUUUAAAUACGAUCCUGUUACAAAGCGCAUCCACCAAGAUGGUGGCAAGAAGUGUGUCACGGGGGACAUAGGUAAAGGGAAGGUUAUUACGGCAGAUUGUAAAGACGGUGAUAAAUCUCAGUCAUGGGAAUUUGAAUAUAAAUAUUAAGUAAAUAUUAAAUAUCGGUUUUUGUUUAAGGCGUCAAGAAAAUUCACGAGUUUUCCAAGAUAACUGGCCUAAUAAAACUUUGAGAGUUUGAGGUUGAACCAAGCAACUUAUUGAAUGAUACAUAUCAAUUUGCAAGUGAUUCUACAACAGCCACGGUAUCUUGUGUACAUCUGUAUUGUUCAAUAAAGUAAAAUAAUUUGAUAAAAAAUUAUUUAAU